UUCGUUAGAAAAAAUUUGAUGAAACAAACUCAAUGCAAACAUGAAAUUUUGUAUUGACUAAUGAUUUUUUUAUUUAUUAGUAAUGUCACAAAUUUUGAAAACUAUGACACAUAUUUUGCAAAAUUUAAGUCGAAACUAAUUUGAAAAAAAAAACUAAUGGCUAGAGAAAGUGAAGAGUAUAAAAACGCAAUAAAAGAUAUAGCAUCGCAUUCACAUCAACUUGAGAGUCCUUUCGAUAGAGUACGAUGCGUCGAAUGGUGUAGAAAAUUAGCAGGACUGUCUGAUGAAGACUUAGAAUCAUGUAAAUUAAAAAACGAAUAUGCUCAAUUUUUAAGAAUUCAAGCUCGACAUAAAUUUUUACAUGGUCCAUUUACAUCGCCUCCACCUGACGGUAAGCUCAGUACUCUAUCUGAGUGCCUUGGAAAUCUAAUGGCCCAACAGAUUCCAUAUUUACCCCGCGUAGGACCCUUAUGUCCUGUGAUUCAUCACAAGUCACCAGAUGGUAGGGCGUAUGUAUCAACUAAACAAAUACCAGGAGGUGGAGUUUUCUGUUACAUGGCCGUUAGUCCAGACGGUUUAAAAUGUACAAUUAAAUAAUGAUUAAUUACUCUCUUCAUACUAGUCACUUUCUGAUAUACAUUGUAUAUAUUAUUUCGAAUAAAAAGCAAACAAAUAAAUAAAUUUGGAUUUGUAGAA